CGCAUGCGCAGUACAGCAUCGCGUAUUUUCCGACAGGUUAGAUUUUAGCUAUAUAGCUAAUAAGAUGCUAAUAUAAUAAAACAGCAAAGCUUUAAAAACGCGCCUUAAUUCUAAUAAACAUUUAUAAAUAUUACAUCUGACUGUGUAUUCACUGCGCUGUACUGAAGUGCGUGGAAUGGUGCGCUGUGAUUGGCUGAGCGGCUGUAUCGCAUUCUGCAGAGAAGGGAGACUGGCGUUAGUCGCGGCUGAGCGAGUGACAGGCGUUUGCUGAGGGGCAGCACAGGACUUAUAGCAGCGCUUGCAGACUGGUGAAUUAACGUCGGCUGGUUCACCUUUUUCAUCACUUUUGUAGGGAAUGAGGGAUGACGUCUGUGGUGUUGGUAGACAGCGGAGGAGCCGUGUUGGAGUACGUCACUGCAGUGGAGGAUCUACAUCAGGAAGACGGUGUGUGUGAGGUGGAGGGAGUGUGUGAGGUGGAGGGAGUGUGUGAAGGUGUGUGUGAGGUGGAGGGAGUGUGUGAGGAUGUGUGUGAGGUAGAGGGAGUGUGUGAUCAGGAAGAAGAGGAGGAGUGCUCACCUGCACAGGUGUUUGUGUACGAUGAGAACACGGAGCUUAUGCAGGGCGUCGCUGAGGAACAGGAAGUGGAGACGGAAGUAGUGGAAACAGUGGAGGCAUCAGUACAUGGAGGCUCCAGUGUUCACUGCUCUGAUAAAACAAUUGAAGCAGCAGAAGCUCUUUUACACAUGGACUCACCUUCCAGCUUACGGGGAGACCGCAGUCCAGAGGUGUUUGUUCCUCCAUGUGUGUCCACUCCGGAGUUCCUUCACGCCGCCAUGCGUCCUGAUGUUGUCACGGAAACAGUGGUAGAGGUCAGCACAGAGGAGGCGGAGCCUAUGGAGGUGGUGACCUUAAUCAAGGAACCAAGAGUGAUAGAGAGAGAUGGCAGGAAGAAGAAAACUGGGAGGAAACCCAAUAAGCCCCACCCCAUCCCCAAUGGCUCUCCAGAUUUAGGCAUCAAGAAGAAGUCAAGAGAGGGCAAAGGCAGUACAUACCUGUGGGAAUUCCUGUUGGACCUGCUGCAGGAUAAGAACACCUGUCCCAGGUACAUUAAGUGGACUCAGAGGGAGAAAGGCAUCUUCAAGCUGGUGGACUCUAAAGCCGUGUCCAAGCUGUGGGGAAAACACAAGAACAAACCUGACAUGAACUACGAGACCAUGGGACGCGCCCUCAGGUACUACUAUCAAAGGGGGAUCCUGUCAAAGGUCGAAGGUCAGAGGUUAGUGUACCAGUUUAAGGAAAUGCCUAAAGACAUUGUUGUCAUUGAUGACGAUAAGUGUGACGCAGAUGAUCUGGGCGGGACUUAUGAGCAUGUCAUGGCCACUGACCUCUCCAAAACGUCAGGCAUUCUGAGAGGGGCGGGGUCAUUUAUAGGCCCCGCCUCUCCCAAAGCCAAGCCCUCACCCACUGCCACGCCCAUCCAACGCGUAGUGACCGUCUCCACGCCAACGGAGCCGCCACACGCCACGAUUAUUCCCAACGCCAGCGCACCCAGGACCGUCCGAGUUGCUAUGCAAGUGCCUGUUGUCAUGACGACGCCCCUGGGUCAGAAGAUCUCACCGGUUGCCAUCCCAACGGCGACCCCACCCCCCUCCAGCGUUACCACAGCGACCGGAGCCUCCACCCCGAAGGUUCUGAUCCAGACGGUUCCGGCAGGGGAGAACAGCGAUAAGAUCACGCUACAGCUCGCCAAGAUCAUCACCAUCACACCCAUUACUCUGGCCCUGCCCCCUGGCACAGGCCCCGCCCACUCACAUCCACAGAGCUCCGCCCCCACCGCGCAGCUUCCUGUGCACAUACACGUUCAGUCUGACAGUCACACGACACACACGGAAGUGGAGGCUCACACACAGGAAGUCACAGCUCACACACACAGCUAAAGGGGGAGACAGUCUCUCUCAUACACACACACACACACACACACACACCAGCCAAACAGGAAGUGGAAAUGCACAGACGGGAAGUAGGAAUAGCACAAAGACAUGGAGCUAAAAAAAGAGACUGUCAUGGAACACACACACACACACACAGGGGGGAGACAGUCUCUCUCAUACACACACACACACACACACACACACCAGCCAAACAGGAAGUGGAAAUGCACAGACGGGAAGUAGGAAUAGCACAAAGACAUGGAGCUAAAAAAAGAGACUGUCAUGGAACACACACACACACACACAGGCCUGCACACACACACACACACACACACACACAGCAGACCUGUAAAUUCAGUGAGACUGUUCAAGGGACCAGCGUGAGACCGCAGCUCCCUGUGAAGGGCACUACAGACAGGAAGAACACUACACAGGACAUGGGAGGACUGAUACUGACUGUACACACAGAGGAGCGUGUGUGCGUGUGUGUGUGUGUGUGUGUGUGUGUGUGUGUGUGUGUGUACUCAACUUUUAUACCUGUACAGAGAGUUAUUACUUUUUUCUUUUUUGCAUUUGUGAUGCAAAACCAGCAUUUAAGUUUUAAGGACUGUCACUGUGAUGAUGUCACAGGAUGGAGGGAAUGGACUGAUGGGCGAAAAGGGAGUGAGGAAGAAGAAGGGAAUGAGGGAGAGGGAGAGAGAGAAAGGAAAGAAGAGGAAGUGAGUAAAAGGGAAUGUGUGUGUGUGUGUGUGUGUGUGUGUGUGUGUGUGUGUGGGAGAGUUUGAGCCCUGCCCACACAUUUCAUUAUUAUUAUUAUUAUUGUAAUUAUUAUUAUUUCAGUGGAGUGUUAAUAAGCUGUGUGUGUGUGUGUGUGUAUGUAUGUGUGUGUGUGUGUGUGUGUGGUACCAAGCGCAGUAUUAGACAGCUAAUCACACAUGAUACUGUUUUAAAGGUCAAAGUUCAACAAGCCGUUCACCAUCCUCCUUUCCUUUUCUUUCCUCCUCUACUGUGUGCGUGUGUGCGUGCGUGUGUGCGUGUGUGUGUGCGUGUGUGCGUGUGUGUGCGUGUUUGCGUGUGUGUGCGCGUGUGUGUGUGCGUGUGUGCGUGUGUGUGCGUGUUUGCGUGUGUGUGCGCGUGUGUGUGUGUGCGCGCGUGUGUGCGUGCGUGUGUGCGUGCGUGUGUGCGUGCGUGUGUGUGCGUGUUUGCGUGUGUGUGCGCGUGUGUGUGUGCGCGUGUGUGUGCGUGGAGUCAGAAGGACAGCAGUAUCCUGACGAUGAUGAUGAUGAUGAUGGUGUUUGUAUAUUGAACAUUAGAAUUGUACACUCUAUUUUGUUGUACUCUGUAUUCCAGUAGAUUUUACUGAAUUAUAAACGACUGAACUGAA